AUGAAUUAUCUACUUACUUCGAAUGUGUCGGAACCUCAACCAGACUAUGGAUUUGCAUUUAAUAAUAGAAAUUACUCAGAUCGAGUGUUGAUGAUAGAGGUAGUACCAGAUUUGAUGGAGCUCAAACCAGAAGAUUGUUGCAAUGUUGAUGAUUCAGCGUGGAAAGGCAAGCGUAAGAGAGAAGAAAUCAAAACAAGAAGAAAUGGAAAACUCUAUUCACAGGUUUUCCAUUUGGGUAGACAAGAGCUUUUCCUGUCCGCACAUUGCAACAUAGACCAACAAGGUGUUGAACAUUGCUUGGGGUUGUUCCUCGGUAUGCAAGGGGAAGAGUCUGAGCCAAUUGCAGUGGAUUACGAGUUUUCAGUGCGUUUGAGACCAGACAACGAAUUUGUGAGCAUGUACAAGGGAAGCCACACCUUAAAUAAUGGCAUCGUUGUGGGGUGUCGCAACCUUUGUGAUAUAAGUUGGACCCCUUUUCUCAAUGAAGAUUGUUUGUAUUUCAUCGACGGAGUUCUCCAUAUUCGUGCUGAGAUUAGUGUGAUCAGGGAAUGA